UAUAUAUUAGUAUAUAUAGUGUUUGGUAAACGUUGCCAGGGUAAUCUGUACUUGAAGUCUCCCGUCGAAAUUUUCUGCCUAACAACCUAGCAAAACACUUAUUGAAAAUUGUUAUCAUUGUUAAAUAUUUAUUCAGAAGAUUUUGUUGAAAAUUGCUGUUGAAGUCAUGGAUGAGUUUGGCUGCUUUGAUCCGAAGCUUCCGGCCAGCGAUAAGUCCUCAGAUUGGCGCACUUCCACGUAUCGUGGACAUCGCCAUAUUACAGACACGCGCCUGGGCACCAAGCUAAACGCCCCCACCGAAUGCUCCAACAAGGGCAUUUUUGUUAGAGAUCCUUUGUUGCAUGAUAAACAGUUGACAGAAGUAGAAAGCAAGUAUGUAUGGAAGUAUCCCGAUCCGUACGUUCUGCGCAAUCCAUCGCUCAAUAUGAAAACGCAAUAUAUGAAGCGUUUCGAGGAGGGCAAUUUACGUUUUAUUAAGCGCAAGAUAAAGCCAUUGAUGAGCGUCUCCCACGAGGCGUUUACCUUCGUUGAGCUUCCUUUCGAGGCAGACCCGUUGCCAAUACAUAUGCCCACUCCGGUGGAGCCCACCAAAGUACUUAUAGAUCGUUCAAAGAGUGGCUAUACGAAGUAUUUGGAUCCAUCGGCGACUACAUAUAAUCUUUCCUAUGUCCAGUACUCGCCACAAGAGCUCAAAUCCAGUGUUGCCGCCCAUGAUAAUAUUACCAUUUGGAAUUGGGCGCAGCGUAGAGAUGAGACACCCACGCAUACCACUCGUGUUGCCGAUGAGCAUAUUUGCGAUGAGUCGAAUGCACACGACUGUCCAAGACGUCGCUUGGAGUAUCGGAAUCAGGUGAAACGGGUUCCACACACCGGCCUGAUUACUGAGGUUCGUGCGAACUAUGUGGAUCCCAAGCUAAACAAGGAAUAUAUCGACUAUAAUACAACGGACGUGCGUCCCAUCCUCAUCUCUGAGUCAGUUCCUCCAUUUGCUCAGCUGAGCGAGUAUAACGUCUAUGGCUCUGGCGAUCCUGUUCAAAAAUAUGUUUAAAUUGUAUUUGCAUUUUGAAUUGACUGCCAAAAUAUUUAUUUUAAUUUAC